AUGAACGACGACGGCCAACUACCACUUCAAUUGAGACGAGAAGAGCAGAGACUGACUAAAUGGGGCGUUUUUAAGCAGCUGCUCAAGGCUUGUGGUCUUAUCUGCUACACCGCUUGCCCUCCUUUACCUGAACAGAUCACUCGGAAACUUGCUUUUCACCCGCCUACACGAGGAAAAAGUUAUCAGCUUCGGUUAUUAGAUGAAUCCUCGAAUGAACUCGUCAAGAAAGCCUCAAAGGUUCAUGGAAGGCCAUUCAAGAUUGAACUUAUGAAUCAAGAGGAGACGCUCAACCUGACGCAAAAUGCCCUCUUCGAGACCACAAAUUUCUUCACAGUUGAGACGAGCUAUAAAAAUGUGCUCGUCGGAAUGCAUUCGGCACCUCAAAAAGCACGGCCACCAGGACAACCUUAUAGACAGGCGGUGAUCUUUGCUCAACCAAACUCGUCGGAUUUAGGAUGGUGGGCACAACCACUUUGUGUCAAUGUGCCUCAUUUGGCGGAUCUUCUCGAGUGUCACAUGUUUGCUUUUGAUUAUUCGGGCUUUGGAUGCAGCACUGGAUCUCCAUCCGAAUCAAAUAUCAACAAUGACAUUGUGGCUGUUUACGAUUAUGUUAGAAGGACAAUGCCCGAUGCAGAGAUUAUUUUGAUGGGGUACAGCAUUGGUACAAGUUGCGUGAUCGAUUUGGCCAGCAAACGGCCUGAAGAACUCACGGGAGUAGUUUUGAUUGCUCCAUUUGCUUCUGGAUUUCGUCUCUUCCAAGAUGUUGAAAAUGUCGAGGCGGGAAUGCCACCACCAUGUUGUAUGAGUUUUGAUCGAUUCAGAAGUGUUGACAAGAUUUCUCUGAUCAACGUGCCAACGCUGAUUUGUCAUGGUACACUGGACACUACGGUUCCUUUGGCACAUGGAAAAAGAUUGUACUCAAAACUUACGAAUCCUGUGCCGAUGUUGAUCAUGCAUGGAGCCGAUCACAGUAGUAUAUUUACUGGUGCUCGCUGGGAAACAACCGCUCGAAUUUCACGAUUUCUUCGCUACGAAGCGCAAACACGUGAUGAAUCAAAGCGGGUGUUCGUCUCGGAUUUGGUGCGACGUUUCAACGAAUUGGAUGGAAGUACAUGGAUAACCACUGAUCCGGCAUUUCAAGUGGAUGGGCUAAUGAGCGAAGUCAAUUUGAACACGCAACCGAUUGAA